AUGUCGAAGCCGGAGGAGAAGAGGGGAAGGCCCCUCGCAGCCAAAAUGAAGUCUCUGCUGUCUAUGUGCUGCUUGCUGUCUCUGCUAACCCUGUCUGCUGCAGGAUCCUCCAUCCACGAUGAGGAGCCUCUGGUGCGUCUGCAGCUCCAGCAGCCAGAGGGAGACUUCUUCUCCUGUGGAUGUGACACAACAGAGGAGCACGCCAGCCAGAGCUCCUCCAACGACACCCCGGCCCCGGAGAGGGCCAUGUGCCAGCCCUGCAAACCCCCAUCAGCUGUAGAAGAGCCGGCUUUAACCUCAGAGCAUGAAGAGGAGGAGGCGGAGGCGGCCCCUGUGGAGGAGGUUGCUUCCACUGAGGAGGUAACAAGUGAUGGAGAGGAAGCGCAGGAGGAGGCAGCUUCCCAGGAAGAGGUAGAAGAAGAGGAGGCGUCACCUGAGGAGGAGGCUCUGGAUCAAAGAGUGGAGGAGGAGGAAGUAGCUGAGGGGGCAUCAUCUCCUGAAGAGGAAGAGGAGGUAGCUGAGGUUGAGGAAGAGAAAAUCGAGGAAGGUGAGGGAGAAGCAGAGGAGGAUUUACCCCACAAGGAAGAGGAAGUGAGUGAACCUCAGGAAGAAGUUGCAGAAGAGGAAGGAGCUGCUGGUGCUGAUGCUGCUGAAGAAGAAGAAGAAGAAGAAGAAGCAGUUGAGGAACCAGAAGGUGAAGACACACAGGAGGAUACAGAGGCAGCCGCUGAGGAGGAAAGUGUGGAAACGUUCAUACCUGAGGCUGUAGAGGAGGAAGCUGCCGAGGACGCAGCUGAGGAAGAGGUUGCAGUGGCUGAAUCUGAACCAGAAGAAGAACCCGUUGACCUUCCUCAAACAGACUCUGAACCCGAGGAAACAGAACCAGAAGUUAUGGCGGAAUCUGAGGAUGAACCAGAACCAGAGGUGAUUGCAGAGCCUGAACCAGAACCAGAGGUGACUACAGAGCCAGAACCAGAACCAGAGGUGACAGAGCCAGAACCAGAGGUGACUACAGAGCCUGAACCAGAACCAGAGAGGACUACAGAGCCAGAACCAGAACCAGAGGGGACUACAGAGCCAGAACCAGAGGUGACUACAGAGCCUGAACCAGAACCAGAGGUGACUACAGAGCCAGAACCAGAGGUGACUACAGAGCCUGAAUCAGAACCAGAGGGGACUACAGAGCCAGAACCAGAAGCUGAGAUCGAAGUGGUUGCAGAGCCUGAAGUCAUUUCAGAGCCGGAGGCAAUUCCAGAGCCCGAACCAGAACCAGAAGUGGAGGCAGAGCCUGUUGUACAGGAGGUCACACCAGAUUCUGUAGAGGAUGUGGCUGUGGAAGGGGAACCAGUGGAGGAGGCAUCGGUGGAUGUUGUUGAGGAGGCUCCUGUGGUGGAGGAGGCACCUGUUGAUGUCGAGGAGGUGACAGUGGAGGAGGUGACUGCAGAGGAGCCUGCGCAGUCUCAAACCAAAGAACAUAAGAAAGAUGAGGCAGCAGGCCCCAAACUGAGGGACCGCGCCCACAUUGAGGACACGCUGCGAUUGGCCACUACUGAACCCUCAGCAGAGUUCUCAGCUGCUAUGAAGAAGCUGUUGAACAUCUACCACACUGCCAUCAAGCCAAUGGAACAAGCCUACAAGUACAACGAGCUCAGGCAGCAUGAAGUCACAGAUGGUGAGAUCACCUCUAAGCCCAUGGUUUUGUUCCUGGGACCGUGGAGUGUCGGCAAGUCCUCCAUGAUCAACUACCUGCUGGGCCUUCACGGCACCUCACAGGAACUCUACACAGGUGCUGAGCCCACCACCUCCGAGUACACAGUCAUAAUGCACGGUGAGAAGUUUCGGUCCAUAGAGGGCAUCGUCAUGGCAGCAGACAGCUCGCGGUCCUUCUCGCCUCUGGAGAAGUUCGGCCAAGGCUUCCUGGAGCGGCUGGUGGGCGUCGAGAUGCCCCACAAGCUGCUGGAGAGGGUCACCUUCGUCGACACGCCGGGCAUCAUUGAAAACCGCAAGCAGCAGGAGAGAGGUUACCCCUACAACGAGGUGUGCCAGUGGUUCAUCGAUCGAGCCGAUCUGAUCUUCCAGGUGUUUGAUCCCACCAAGCUGGACGUGGGUGCCGAGCUAGAGAUGCUCUUCAAGCAGAUGAAGGGCCGCGAGUCCCAGAUUCGCCUCAUCCUCAACAAGGCAGACAGUCUUUCCACCCAGAACCUGAUGAGGGUCUACGGUGCCUUGUUCUGGAGCAUGGCGCCCCUGAUCAACGUCACAGAGCCCCCCCGGGUGUACGUCAGCUCCUUCUGGCCUCAGGACUACGCUGCAGACACCAGCCGAGAGCUCUUCAUGAAGGAGGAGACCUCUCUGCUGGAGGACCUCAACCAGGUGAUUGAGAAUCAGAUGGAGAACAAGAUCGCUUUCAUCCGCCAGCAUGGCAUCCGUGUGCGCAUCCACGCCCUGCUGGUGGACCGCUACCUCCAGACCUACUACGACAAGCUGGGCUGGUUCAGCGACCCCUACGAGGUGUUCCAAGACAUUGUCAACGACCCGGACAAGUACUACAUCUUCAAAUCCAUUCUGGCCAAAACCAACGUCAGCAAGUUCGACCUGCCCAACAAGGAGGCCUACCAAGACUUCUUUGGCGUGAACCCGGUUUCCAGCUUCAAGCAGCUCUCCUCCCACUGCAGCUGGACCGGCGGCUGCCUGCUGGAGAAGAUAGAGAGGGCCAUCUCAAAUGAUCUCCCGGCACUGCUCAGCAGUGUCAGCAAGGCCGCAGACACGCCUGCCCCAGCGAAGGCUGCGCCCACACCUCCGCCUCCACUCCCUGGCACCUGUGAGGGUCCCGGGUGUGAGGAGAAACCCAAGAAUCGCUGGAGGAAGCACUGAGAUGGAGGAGCACGGCGCAGGAGAAGGAACAGGGGGAAGCAGAUGGCAGCAGCAGCCAGAGGGUUUCCUGGUAUAAUCCUCACUGCUGUGAUUUUCAGAACUGGGGAUGUGGAGACUGAGCAGGGAAAGAAUAGAAAAGAUUUGCUAAGCAGACCUGAGUCAGAAUGCUUCUUAGUGCUUGUUUUUAACCUGCGUAGAGUACCAAAUGGAUGUCUUUUACUGUAAUUGACAGAAAUACAGUAUAUAUAAAUAUAUAUAAUAUAUACCCAAUUGAUUUUCAAAUACUUUUCUCUGACUGUAUAUUACAACUCUGGUACACCUUGUCCUGCAUGACACCCUUCUGGUAUUUAGGUAGGUUAAAACUGUCGGUAAAAAGUGAAAUUUUGACUAUGGUUUGGUUAUUUAAAAAGGCUUGAAGUCAACUUUCCAUCUGAAGCUAUUGUGUCUGCAAAACGUGAUAAAUGUCUGCAGGAGAAACAAACUUCCAAAACAUGAUAACAGAAAAAAAAAAAAAAAAAAAAUCUAGUCUAUGUAACCUUCCAUAUUUAUGAAAUCUGAAAAUGAAUGUUUUUUUUGUUUUUUUUCCUCACUGUUUUUAAGUUUGUACAUUAUUUAUUCUAGAUUUUUUCUUCAGAGAAAGAGGCUGGCAGCGAUUUUACUCCUCCAGUGAUACAGUUAAUGCUGCCACUCUUUUGUCUUCUUUGUUGAUUCAAACUGCUGUGCUGUGUUUUUACAGUUAAACCAGUGUAGGUCAUUAUCGUGUCAGGAAGUUUAUUUUUAGUGGGACAAUAAAAUAGAAAGAAGGGUGCUCUCAUAGUGUUUUAUUGAGCAUGGAUUCAACCAUGUUUAGUCACUGUACUGUACCGCACUACUGUAUACUGUACUGUCAUUUUUUUUUCUUCUCUAUUGUACUAUACUACGUUCAUUAUAGAAACAAGUUUUAUUUUAACAUUUGUUAUCUGCAUUGGGACUGAAUUGACUGAACGCAACCAUGGUGUUCUCCUCAAAACAACAUCAUUUAAUGGUUCCAUUUAUUGCCACUGCGGCCUUUUCAGCCCUCUGAACUGUUGCUAGUUUUUUACCCCAACACGGCUGCGUACCACAUGGGGAUUUCCUUUAAAUUGUCAUCUUUUCCUUGUUCUUUUAGGUCUGUUUGUAAUUGUCAUUCUUUUGAGUGAUUUCUUUUGAGUAAACAACAAUAUAAAAAAAAAACAACUG